CAUUUGGCAUCCAUCCAACUAAUCGGAGCAUCGCUGGGAUCCAUUCGCAGUGGAACCGAUGAUGCAGGGAAGCCCCCUGAGCCCCGAGGAGCACCGGCUGACCUUGCCGCCGAGCCCGCACCAGCCGGUGUCGACCAUCGUGGUUGCCAUCGACCGGGACCGCAACAGCCAACUGGCCAUGAAAUGGGUGGUGGACCACCUCCUCUCCGGCGCCUCCCAUAUCAUUCUCCUCCACGUGGCGGCCCACCCUCCUGCAGCCAACCAUGGAUUUGCCAUGGCUGAGACGACGCAGGACGCGCUGGAGGCUGAGAUGAUGGAGAUCUUUGUCCCCUUCAGAGGAUUCUGCUCUAGGAAUGGGGUGCAAGAAUCGGAGGUGAUACUGGAAGAGGCAGACGUCCCCAAGGCCAUCAUAGACUACAUCAGUGCCAACAAGAUCCAGAGCAUCGCGCUGGGCGCGUCCAACAGGAACGCAUUCACCAAGAAGUGGAAGAACCCCGACGUGCCCUCCAGCCUCAUGAAGGGCGCGCCCGACUACUGCAACAUCUACGUGGUCGCCAAGGGCAAGCCCGUCAACGUCAGGCUCGCCAAGUGCGGCGUGCCGGCCGACGACAGCGACUUCCUCCUCGCCACCUACUCCAGGAGGAGCUCCAGGAGCCAGCUGCCGCCGGUCCUGCCCGACUUUUUGUCCUCCGGCAGGCGCUCCAUCGACAGGCCCGAGCUCACCACGCGCCCGCCGUUCCGCGAGCGCCCCCUGCAGGCGUCCGCGACCAAGCCCCACCUCCUCUCGGCAAGGAUCGACAGCACCACGCUGCGCUCCAACUCCCACGACCCAUCCAGCCUCGACCCCGACUUCGCACAGGCCGUGCAUUUCUCCUCCAUGGACUUUGGCGAGAACGUGGACGCGCUCCCCCUCAGCCCCCGGGAGCCCGGCUCGCCCCUCUCCGCCGCCCAGCGCGAGGUGGAGGCGGAGAUGAGGCGGCUCAAGCUGGAGCUGAAGCAGACCAUGGACAUGUACAACGCAGCAUGCAAGGAGGCCAUCAACGCCAAGCAGAGGGCCAAGGAGAUGCACCUGCUCAAGAUGGAGGAGGCGCGGCGCCUGGAGGAGGCCCGCCAGUCGGAGGAGGCCGCAUUGGCGCUCGCCGAGAUGGAGAAGGUCAAGUGCCGGGCCGCCAUGGAGACUGCCGAGGCCGCGCAGCGUCUGGCCGACCUCGAGGCACAGCGUCGCCGCAACGCCGAGGUGCGCGCGCGCCGGGAGGCCGACGAGAAGGUGCGCGCCCUCGACGCCAUCGCCAACCACGACUUCCGCUACCGCAAGUACACCAUCGACGAGAUCGAGAUCGCCACUGAGGGCUUCUCCGAGAGUCUCAAGAUCGGGGAAGGCGGCUACGGCCCCGUCUACAGCGCCAGCCUCGACCACACUCCGGUCGCCAUCAAGGUGCUCCGCCCGGACGCCCAGCAAGGCCGGAAGCAGUUCCAGCAGGAGGUGGAGGUGCUCAGCUGCAUCCGCCACCCCAACAUGGUCUUGCUCCUCGGUGCCUGCCCGGAGUACGGCUGCCUCGUCUACGAGUACAUGGAGAACGGCAGCCUUGAGGACCGCCUGUACCGCCGCGGCGGCACGCCGACGCUCCCGUGGAGUCAGCGGUUCAGGAUCUCGGCUGAGAUCGCGACGGCUCUGCUGUUCCUUCACCAGACCAAGCCGGAGCCGCUGGUGCACCGAGACCUCAAGCCGGCCAACAUCCUGCUGGACCGCAACUACGUGAGCAAGAUCAGCGACGUCGGGCUGGCGCGCCUCGUGCCACCGGCGGUGGCGGACAGCGUCACGCAGUACCGGCUGACGGCCACGGCGGGCACCUUCUGCUACAUUGACCCGGAGUACCAGCAAACGGGCAAGCUCGGCGUCAAGUCGGACAUCUAUUCUCUGGGCGUGCUGCUGCUGCAGGUGAUCACCGCGCGGCCGCCCAUGGGGCUGACGCAUCACGUCGAGAAGGCCAUCGAGUCCGGAACCUUCGCACAGAUGCUGGACAUCACCGUCAAGGACUGGCCCGUGGAGGACGCGCUGGGGUUCGCCAAGCUCUCGCUCCAGUGCACGGAGAUGCGGCGGAGGGACCGACCGGACCUAGGCACCGUCAUACUGCCGGAGCUCAACCGGCUAAGAAACCUCGGCAUCGCCUAUGACCAAGCGCGCGCCGCCGUCCCUGCUGGCGACAGCAGCUCGCACGGGCAGGAAAGGGUCAGCUCACCGACGGUUGACGCGGGGUUGUGGCGAACGGCGGAAAGCUAGCAUUGGCGCGCGCACACACAGGGUUGUCUGUAUAUUAGCUCCGUUUCAGAUAGAGAGUGAGCUUAAGUAAUUACUACAAGAGGAGAGGGGCAUUAUGAAUGCCCACGUUCUUUUUGAGGUUAAAAAUACUUUACCUUGGUGUAUGUAGUUUCUAGCAUGCUUAACAUUGACAUGUUUGCAGUGCUGGCUCGUAAUUUUGAUUCACAAACUUUGUACAUCCAUCGAUUCAGAAUGUUCUUUUUGGGCCUGUAUACUGACUUUA